GAAACACGCAUGCGAAAGGUCGCCAUCUCCGGGUGUUGCGUGUUUCGAGAAUACCGAGAAAUUAGAGAACUUGUUGUCGCCUAUUAAGAGAAUUCCAACUCAGUUAAAGUAUAUUUAAGCCAUGUGCUACAUAUAUGUGCAUCUGUAAUUAAUUCCGCCGCUGGAAUCAACCGAGCCAGCUCUAUAAUUUUGCCUAGGCGAGUAUAUAAAUUGAGCAACGCUUGCUGGCUGCUUUUCAAACGAUCGCAAAAUGUGUAGCAUUGUGUGCGACGCCGAGGUUACUGCUCUGCCCAGUUACCUAGAUGUGGCUUUCUUCGAGGAAGCACUGGAGAAUGCCCUGCGGACGGCGAAAAUCCAGCCGUUGGCCAUUCACAUCCGAAUGGGCAGCAGCACCGGUGAGAAUUACUGUAGCCAGAUUUAUCGGGCAAAGGUAUCAUUCAGACGUCCCGGACAGGCGGAGCAGCACCUUAUGUUCAUCAUAAAGCACAUUCCUCGCCUGGAUUCGGUGGAGUUUAUUGAGGAUCUGCAGGUUUACCUAAAGGAGAAGAUCACUUAUCACGAGGUGCUGCCCCGGCUCGAGCUACUGAUGCAGUGCAAGCGACGUUUUGGACCCAAGCUCUAUCACUGCAUCAAACAGCCAGAGAGCAGCUUAGUUUUUGAAGAUCUGGGUGAGCUGGGCUACACAAUGGCCUCUCGCGAGCUGGGCUUGGACGAGGAGCAUUGCCGUCUGGUCAUGGAGCGCCUGGGUGAGUUCCAUGCCACUUCCAUGGCCCUGGCGGUACUGGAUCCCCAUAUCUUUGAGGCCUAUGGUGACGGAAUGCUCUCGCCGGAAGGCCUAGCAAAAGACAACGGGCUGCUAAUGCGCUUCUUCUCGGGCAAUGGCCAGGAGCUGCACACACUGGUGAGCUCGUGGCCCGGCUACGAGCGCAUCGCUGGCAAGAUCGGAAAAUACAUGCAAGAUCACCGUGCCAAUUUAGUGCGCAGUCAGGCCCCGCAGGAGAAGGAGAUCAAGGUGCUUAACCAUGGCGAUCUCUGGGUCAAUAACUUGCUCUUCAAGUACGAUUCUGCGCAGCGGCCGCUGGACAUGAUCUUCAUUGACUUCCAGCUGAGCGUGUGGGGCAGCCCGGGCAUCGACAUCAACUACUUCUUUUACACAAGCCUUAACCUCGAGGUGCUUCGCCACCGGAGGCCCCAGCUCCUACGCGCGUACCAUGCCCGCCUGUCCGAAACGCUGCUCAGCCUUGACCUGGGCGUGCCCGUUCCCAGCUACGAACAGAUCCUGGAGGAGGUGAAUCGCCGUGAGGCCUACGGCUUCUUCGCAAGCUACGGCAUCUUCCCUACCGUCAGCCAGGACAAGGCCCAGACAGCUGACAACAACCUGGAGAACUUCAAGGAUGCAGACUUUGCCAAGCAAAAGGUGCGCCAGAUGUUUGGGUCGCGACGUUUGGCGGAUACCUUGCGCUACACGCUGCCCCACUUUGAGCGCGCCGGCGUACUUGGCUGACUUACUUAUGGGACUCUUUAGUUGUUUUAGUCAAAGGAUUUUGCUUGGGUAGCCAUAAAUACGAGUUUGUUGUUAUCCAAAGAUUGCAUUUCAUUAAGCUAAUUGUUGCCCAGAUAAAUGCACGAUGGUACAUUGUCUGGGAUAAUUAAAUAACCAAGCAAAACAUGGUUAAUUUUUGGAUA